AUGCCACCAAGCGGCGUGUGGACAGCCGGAUGCCCUCUGACAGCCGUCCUGGUGCCGCAGCGGCACGCGCUGCUGCGAGAGUGCGCGCCACUCCUGCCGCUAGUGGGGGCAGCCCUGGCCUGCGCUCACGGCCUGCCAGGCGCUACGCGCAGGGCGCUGCACAGCGCCAUGCGCGGCCGUGGUCGCCUGUGGCAGCAGCAGCAAAAGGAUGGCAAGGGCAGCGACAGCGGCAGCAGCAGCAGCAGCAGUCGGUCAGCCCGCAGCAAUGCGCCUGCCUCGGGCGGCGCCCCGUGGGGCGGCCGCGCGCAGUCUGCGGCGCCUUUCCGGCGCCUGCCCCUGCGACCAGCUUCACCUUGGAUCCUCGGGCCCUUUUCCCUGCGGCGGCGCCCCUCCAUCACACCGGCUGGGCUGCCUGCCAUGGCCCGCGCAUGCCUUCACACCCUGCCCAGCAGCGGAAGCACCGCACCCACCCCUGCCGGGGCCACCGCCAGCGGCGGCGGCGGCGGCGCUGCCGCCGCCAUGCCGUUCAGCAGCAGCCUGUCGCCGGGUGGUGACGCCAUUAAUAAUCACGAUGUCAUCGACGCCCUCAAGCUGUCCGAGAUGAUCCAUCGCUUCAGGGCGCGCGGCCACAUGAUGGCGCAGCUCGACCCGCUGCGGCGCUGCAAGGGGGGGCCGUGGGUGGGGCCCAUCGGUCAGGAGAACGACAGGAGCGACCUGACGCUUGUGGCGCUGAUCGCGGGGUGGCCGGAGGGCGGCAGCGACGAGGAGCGCGCCGCGUUUGUGGGGCGCCAGCUCGGCCUCAUCGGGCCGGCCACGCCCGACAGGCGGCUGCCCGUCGGCUCCCUCAUGCCGGGCGAUCCGGGCGGAGCCCCUGCGAAGGAGUGGUGGGGGCUGGCGGAGGUGGUUGAGGUCAUGCGGGAGCGCUACUGCGGCACGCUGGCCCUCGAAUUCAAACACCUCUUCCAACAGGAUGAGAUGGCGUGGAUCCAGCAGCGCUUUGAGACGCGCACCCAGCUGGAGCCCGAGGAGAGGGCCGCCAUCCUGAGGCAGCUGCUGGAGGCCGACUCCCUCGAGCGCUUCCUGUCUGUCAAGUUUCCCUCCAGCAAGCGUUUUGGCCUGGAGGGCUGCGAGGCGCUGCUGCCCGGGCUGCAUGCGCUCAUACGCGCGUCUGCGGGCCACGGGGUGGAGCGCAUCAUGUUAGGCAUGGCGCACAGGGGUCGCCUCAACGUGCUGGUGCACCUGCUGGGGAAGCCCAUUGGUGCCCUGUGCAGCGAGAUGGAGGGCCUGCAGAGCGAGUUCAAGGUCGGAGACGUCAAGUACCACCUCGGGCAGACGGGCUCCCUGGACGUGACGCCCCCCGGCCAGGCCCCGCGCCGCGUGGCGCUGUCCAUCGCGCCCAACCCCAGCCACCUGGAGGCGGUAAACCCCGUGGUCAUGGGCAUGGUGCGGGCGCACCAG